AUGUCUAUAAUGGACACCAAUCGAACGUUGCCUGUGAAACUACAACCGUCUAAUAUACGGCCCAUUGUGUACCGAAUACUCUCUAAGAAACACUCGUUGAACAUAAAGACAGACGCGUUAGAGGUAUUAACUGAAGUCAUAAGCAAUAAGUUUGGAGUGGAUUGGAGAGGACCCGUGUGUCAGAAGUUUCUAGAAGCUAUAGCCAAAACAUGGAAGUUACAAGAUCGAGGUCUAUUUGUUGAUGGAGCUGGUCUUAAACAAAUAGUCAAAGAGUUGAACCAGAUAGAAUCGCGUCAAUCAUCACCCACAUCAAGCAUAAUAGCUUCAAGAUCAGAUACCAUUGUUGAUCUUGAUUUAAAUGGUGGUGAAAUAGAAGAAGAUCUCAGUUUGAACUGGGAAGACUUCUUCAAAGUGGUCAAUCCUGAUGACCAGAUGAACUUCACUUUUGAUAAGACAAGAAGACAAUUCCUUUUGAUUCGGAACGGGAGUAGAUUCCAAGCUCAUCUUGAAGCACAAGUGCAUUAUUUCAGCAAUAGAUACAAUCUUAUAAGUGAUAGGUUAUCACGGAAUGAAUCAUUUCACAAGACAUCUAUUUCAAGUAUUGCAUCGAUCAAUCAAUCGAUGUUGAGGGGUAAGAUGUCCAAUGAAAUCACGUUGAUAUCCAAUGUAUUGGGUAGAGAUGGGAGUAGAUUUAUAUUGUUUGGGUUUAUGACCAAGAAUUAUCAAGACAAGUUUAUUCUUGAGGAUUCAUCAGGUUGUAUUGAGUUGAACUUGCAACAAGCCAUUAAACAAGAGGGAUCCUUCUAUUGUCCUGGGAUGUUUAUAAUUGUUGAGGGGAUCUACUCGAGUACUGGGGGGAAUAGGUCUUCAGAGAGUUUAAUUGGUGGAUGUUUCCAUGUAAGUACCAUGAGUCAUCCACCAGCAGAAAGAAGAGACCAAAGUAUUGAAAACUAUGGUAAUAUUGAUUUUUUAGGCAUUCAAACUUCAAUUGGAGUAUCACUGCGUAACAUAGUUGAGACCCAUGCUUUAAAGAUUCCUAAACCUUUGAAAAGGAAACUUGGGGUAUUGGAGAAAUCUUUAUUGGGUCAUAAGUUGAUAUUUAUGGGUUCAGAUUGCUUUCUAGAUGAUUUCAAAACUUUAGAAGCAAUCAAAAAGUUCUUUAUACAAUUGGAACAAAGGAUAGAUGUGGCUCAAACAGAUUUAAAUGUUGAUGAUGGUGGAGGGCUUGCGCCUUUGGCGGUUAUUAUGGUUGGAUCAUUUAUUUCUAAGCCAUUGUCAACUUCAAGUCUUUUAAGCGCAUCAUCUACUUCUAAUGCUGAAACAUAUAAGGAGUUAUUCAAUCAACUAGCAUCAAUAUUGGGGACUAAUUGCCCCAAUCUUAUUCGCAGGGCUAAGCUUGUACUUAUACCUGGACUGAAUGAUCCAUGGCAAUCUGAAUAUUCAUUUGGAGGAUCUCAAAUGAAUGUAUUCCCUCAGAAACCCAUACCUACAUUAUUUGCCUCAAGAUUAGAACGACUUUUACCUCGAGGGAAUCUUAUCUUUGGUUGGAACCCCACCAGAAUAAGUUAUCUUUCACAAGAAAUGGUGAUAAUGAAAGACGACAUUUUCAACAAGUGUAAGAGAAAUGAUAUCGUUUUACCCCACGACAUUAAAAUGGAACAAGAAAGAACAAAGAGACAAAACAUGCCAUUGGAAGAAAUGGUUAAAGAAGUAAGUCUCAAUUCGACUACUCCUCAUAUUUCACCCAAAGUUAGAGAAUCAAGGAAACUUGUUAAGACAUUAUUAGAUCAAGGGACUCUCCAACCAUUUCUGAAAAACUUAAAGGUGGUUAACGCUAGUUAUGAUUAUGCCUUGAGAAUUGAACCAUUACCCACGACCAUUAUUCUUCAUGAUGCUAACUUUGAAUUCUUCGAAGUCACCUACAAUGGAUGUAAAGUGAUCAAUGUGCCGAGGUUGAUUGGUACUACCAGAUACCUUAAUUAUGUGGAGUAUACACCUUCUAGAAAGAAGUUUCAUUAUGCAAAGAUAUUCUUUUGA